GAAAACCCGAAGACGCUCUGCGGAGCUGCGCGGGUGGGUGCCAAAAGCGCAGGGCAGACUGGCAAAAUCUCUCGGCCCAAAUUCGUCCCAAAUGGCUCGGAGGCAGGAAGAGCCGCGAGCGGGCGCGCCCUUGAGGGCGGAAGGCAAGGCCGACGCGGAGGUUAAGCUCAUUCUGUAUCACUGGACGCAUUCCUUCAGUUCUCAAAAGGUGCGCUUGGUAAUUGCUGAAAAGGCACUGAAGUGCGAGGAACAUGAUGUAAGUCUGCCCCUGAGUGAGCACAAUGAGCCUUGGUUUAUGCGUUUGAACUCAACUGGAGAAGUGCCUGUCCUUAUCCACGGGGAAAACAUAAUUUGUGAGGCCACUCAGAUCAUUGAUUAUCUUGAACAGACUUUCCUGGAUGAAAGAACACCCAGGUUAAUGCCGGAUAAGGAAAGCAUGUAUUACCCACGGGUGCAGCAUUACCGAGAGCUUCUUGACUCCUUGCCAAUGGACGCCUAUACACAUGGCUGCAUUUUACAUCCUGAGCUAACUGUGGACUCCAUGAUCCCAGCUUAUGCAACCACAAGGAUUCGCAGCCAAAUUGGUAACACAGAGUCAGAACUGAAGAAACUUGCCGAGGAAAACCCUGAUUUACAAGAGGCAUAUAUUGCCAAACAGAAGCGGCUUAAAUCAAAGCUGCUUGAUCAUGACAAUGUGAAAUAUUUGAAGAAAAUUCUUGAUGAGUUGGAGAAGGUCUUGGAUCAGGUUGAAACUGAGUUGCAAAGAAGAAACGAAGAAACCCCAGAAGAGGGCCGCCAGCCUUGGCUCUGUGGAGAAUCCUUCACCCUGGCAGAUGUCUCACUUGCUGUCACAUUGCAUCGACUGAAGUUCCUAGGGUUUGCAAGGAGAAAUUGGGGAAAUGGAAAGCGACCAAACUUGGAAACCUAUUACGAGCGUGUCUUGAAGCGAAAAACAUUUAACAAGGUUUUAGGACAUGUCAACAAUAUAUUAAUCUCUGCGGUGCUACCAACAGCAUUCCGGGUGGCCAAGAAAAGAGCCCCAAAAGUUCUUGGCACCACCCUUGUAGUUGGUUUGCUUGCAGGAAUGGGCUAUUUUGCUUUUAUGCUUUUUAGAAAGAGACUUGGCAGCGUGAUACUAGCGCUUAGACCCAGACCAAAUUAUUUCUAGGCUUGUUGGGAUCUGGUAGGGGCAACUCACCCAGCCAUUCAGCUAGACCCUUGUCCACGCUCCUGGACCUAGUGAAGAAUUAUCCUGGGCAACUAGUAAAAGACAUAAUUCACUUUACUCUUUGAAUAGUUUGUAUGGGGAGAGGUAGUUAUGAAAAUGUUUUUAUAGGCUGAUAAGUGAGAUGACUGUAAACUUGAACUAAUGUAUUCUUAAAACAUGUGCAAGGUCCAGAUAUGUAAAUACUGACAGAGACUAGACCUUUAACCCAAUAUUGCCAGUUCAAAGUCUAAAUUACUUUCUGGGAGAAGGUUAUAAUUAUGAGCAGACAGUAGUGAUAAUUGUGACUGCCUAUAGCUGUCCCUUUGAGAAUUAUCUGGAUAUAUUGAUUAAAUACAGUAUCUUUCCCUAGAACUCAGAACUCAGACAGCAUCAGGACCUCACACUGCUUUAUCCUACCAUUACUAGCUUCAGACAGAAAUACGGGAGGCAAAGGGAAAAGGAGGAGGGAAGAAUAGGAGAAUGAGGCCUAUAUAGAGUAGAGCAGUAGAUGUAACCUUUAGUUUUCUCCAGUGUCACUCAUGGUUGCCCGCCUCCUUGGUAAACAUAAUGUUUAAGUCCUCAUGGCCACAGCGCCCACACACACAUUCUUGUAAUUGAGAACUCUUGGGAAGAGAGGGCUGGGAAGCUACUGAGGAGUAGUGAGCUGGAGAGAACCCCAGGCUUUACAUACAUUGCACCUCACUUGACCUUGAAUACUUAUGAACCAUACUUAUUGAUUUAAUAAAAUUAAGUGACUACUUGAGCAUGAGAUGUCCAUUGGAACAUGUCUGCCUAGCAUUUACGUGAAUGUCAAGUGAUAUGAAGACGGUUCCUCCUGGUCCCUAAUUCAACGGGACCAUGGGAGAUCUUAUUCCUGUCUACCACUAUGUCCAGUCAUGUGAGGGGCUUGGCCUCUACAUCCCUCUUUGUACACACAAGUGGCAUGUAGAUAAAUGUCCCACAUCAUAGCAUAGCAUUUGUCUGGGUAGUGGUUAUUUUGAGGAGUAUCAAGUACCCUCAUUCUUCAUUUUGGGUGGCUUAUAUAUACACAAGCUGUUGUCCAGGCCUUGCAUUUAUGUAUGUAUGAUCGUCAACAAAGUCUUAAAUUGAGAAAGAGAAAUGUCUAGUCUUUGCCUUUGGCAAUUAAUUUAGAGGAGAUGAAAUAGAUAGGUAAGAAGUCCACCUGUAUCAUCCAUAUAUGUCUAGGCAUUUUGGGGAUACCUCAGUCCAUCUGGAAGACACAGUCCCAGUUGUUCAGUGAACAACCACAGCACUGUAACAUGAUGUGUGCUCAAGAAAAGUCUUCCAUAGUGACAGGAAGGCAGUUUCUCCUGAGCUGGCCAUCAAGGCUUUGAGAGCAAUUCAAAGUGGGUAGAUUGUUCAGAGAAGAUGAGCUCAGGUUCUAGAGGGUAGUAAAAACUUACCUGGACUGUCUCAGAUGGGCUGCGAAAAUAGUCAAAGAAUGUACUGAUGUUUUCAUUAGUAGAGAGCAGUGAAACUAGGAAACAUGAGUUUUUCUUUUUUUUUUCUUUUUUGGUACCAGGGAUCGAACUCAGGACCUUGUGCUUGCGAGGCAGGCAGCGGAACCACUGAGCUAAAUCUCUGGUCCAGGAAACAUGACUUUUUGAUGGUAAAGUGAUUCUGUAAUUCUGUUUUGAUUCUAUAUUCCAUUUCAUGAUCUAGUUAUAUUUUAAAUCUUGAUAAACUGAAUAUUCCCUGUUUAUGAAAAACGAAUAACACCUCCAGAUUGAACUCAGUCCAACAAUAAUGACUAUAGAUUCAGCUUUUCUAAUGUCUUAAUUUUGCAAAUCAGCGUGUCAUCUUACGGUGUGCCUGAAUCUGUUUGUUUCUGGGUCAUUCCAAUCCACAUAUUCAUGAAAGAGCUAUAAAAUUGAUUAUUGAUUAUUAUCUAGUUCAUAGCAUUUCAGAAUCAUUUAUGUCACUCUAUUAAGAAUAAGAACUGAGAUAUGAAGAAAUAAAUUUGGCUUCUUACGAAAAUCUACAAAGGAUAUUUACCUGUGAAAGUGUUGUUGAUGAAGAAUAAAGAUUGGAAGCUUAUUAUUAGUUUUUCUUUCAAUUAUUACUGAAUCAGAGGACAUCGAAGAAGUAUUUAUAACUUUCUUAUGAAAUUUUUUUGGAGAUAUACUUUUGUCAAUAUUAAAGAUGAAACUUCCUAGCAAUUUCACUUGUUUCAUGGAUAUUCCUAACAGGCUUUAAAAACAUUUGUCUGGUGAUGUAAUGACCACUAGAUGCCGCUGUUCAUCCAGUGGUCUAACGGAGUGUUAGGUCCAGCCUGUCUCCUGAGAUGUUUCAAGGGAAGAUAAACGUGAAUGACCUUAGCUCUGAAUGGGACAUCUUCAUCAGAUGAUUCACCUGUAAGAAAGCUGGAGACAAAUGUAACAUUGAUUUUUAAUGCUUUGUAAAGUGAUAACAGCACUAUGCCAUGCCAAGCUAAAGAGUUGAACACGCACUGUUAGCUAAAUAGGCACUUCUACAUAUCUUCUUUUUCAUGAUCAUUGAUGAUUGGCCAGUGUGCACCUUAUUUUCUAAAAUUUGUAUAAGUAUCACAAGUAGAAAAUGCCUGAGGUACUAAAACUAUAUUGGCUAUUAUGUCUUAAUACUCAUACAUGCUCUUUUAUUGUUAUUGUGAUUAUAUGCCUUCUAAAUCUCAAAUACUUGAAAAUUGCUUGCUCAAUUUUUAGUAAUUAUUGCUAUUGACAUCAGAGUUGUAGAUUUUUGUUGGUAUUGAAUGUUAUAGAAAGAUAAGAUACUAUUCUUCCUAUAAGAUCAAUAAACAUAAUUGGCAAAUAAAUAUGGACCCAAAGA